AUGGAUUCUCUGGCGUCCAUUCUGUUGCUUUUGGAAUUGCAAGAUGAAUUUAGUGGAUUGAAAAUUCCGGGUCGUUUGGCAAAACUUGGUUAUCCGUUCAAACCAAAUAAAAAAUACAAAGGAGCAGAUGCGUCACCAAUAAUUCAAACGUUGCUUGACCGUAUAAUUUUUACAGAUACGCUUCCUGGAGUUAAUAGGGCGCCUCCGGAAUUUUGGAGUGAUCAUUUGCAAGUGAUAUUGGAAGCAAUGAGUGAAAGCAAUCUUUCCGAUUCUUAUGAUCAUGGCCGCGUGAGCAAAAGAAAGAUGCUGGGCUUCGCGAUGGUUACUGUAUUACACUCACUUGCCAAGGGUGUCUUCGGUAAGGUCCCAGAAUUUCAAGAUGCACAAGAGGAGCAGACGACGUCGCCCGACGGUGAUGAAGGUUCACAACAACCUUCCCAACAAAAGGUGAAGGAGGCCUAUAGGCUGCUUGUGUAUGAAGAUGGUGUAGACCGGAUGGUUGAACUACUUCGGGAGAGUUCAUCCAUCGAUAACUGGCCUGAGCCUUUAAGCAGCUUGCUGGCAAAUGCUCGGUAUACAAUGGCACUCUUACUUCACUUUGUGUUUGUUGGUAAUAAUGUCGGUAUAUCUGCAAAUUUAAAUCAGGGAACUGCAGGUGUUGUGGAACGUAUAUACACAAGCAUGCCUUGGUUUCUUCUUCGUCAGGUGGUCAGGGUUGGCAAUGUAGGUUCCUUGGUAUCGGGACUGACACGGUUGUUUUUAAUAAAGCCAAUGUCGUGGUUUGGUAACAGCCGUAACCUGUUACAAAGCAUUUUGGCAGGCAUCUUGAAUGCGGAUGUGCACCAUGCUGACUCAGGAAUCGAUUCUAUCGAAUUGGAUUGGGAUGAUGACCCAUUGUGGCUAGAACAACGUGACGCUCUUCUGUGGUAUGUCGAAGACUUGGACCGUAUUCAACAAAUGGAAGUACGUGAGAAGAGUCUGAAGAAAAAAACAAAUAUCUGUGUUUGCAUUCUACAGGAGUAUCGGGCUCACUUAAACAAGCCGCCUCUUCCCGUACCUUCAGGCCCUGCAACUGGAAAUGACUCAUCGGAUUCUCAACAGGUUGAAGCGUCUGAGAACAAAUUUGACGAUGAUGAAUUUAGCGGUCAAACCACUUUUUCCCCGUUUUCGGAAGAGUGUGUGGAUGUGUCUAUGAGAUACCUGAAUGCUCUUCUCAUCAAACGCGAUCGCAAGAAGCUUACUAAGAUUCUUUGUGAUGACGAUAAGCUCUCAGAAGCGGUAAAGGUAAUUAUGAAUGUCUUCUGUGACUUUUUAUUCGAAGCUCAUCGUGCUGCCGAUUUCUCUCGGGCUAUUUAUGAUUACCAGUGUUUCCUUCACGACCUGAUUGCGAUCGCCAAAAAGCGUGCUGAACUACCGGAAUUUGUUGCACUUGUAGAUAAAUAUGCGCCAUGCUUUAUGCGAUUUGUUCAUUGUCUUGUCAAGAAUGCUCCAGAUUUGUGUAAAGAAUGGUGCGUCUGGUACGAUCAUUGUCUUUGUCAAUUUAGAGUUCAGACAAAACUGCAAGACGUUAGCUCAUGCGCUCGCAAGGCAUUUGACUCGCUGGACGAUGAAUCUAGAGAACGUGUAAAGAAGGAAAUUGCUGCUUACGAAGCAGCAUUGUUUGAGCGUAUGAAAGGCAGUGGUGAUGUUGCUCGUGAGUGGCUUUCUCACUUGUCUAUGAUGCAUGGUUCUGCUACGGUCACUCCCGAAUACGCAUUUUCCGAGCCUAGAAGACAGGUUCCCGGCUGUGAAUUUGGUUUGGAGUUUACUCGUGAAGUUCUUGUUCCUGUAUUUAGAGAACUCAUUUCGAAGGAUCCGGUUUCCGGCACUAUUUCUGCAGACGCACUUGCGAAGAAAUUAGAUACUGCCGCUGUAAUAACAAGUAAUGAUGUCGAUUGA